AUGCGUCCAGGUCGGUUACUUUUGUCUCCAUAUUGCGUUGGUUCUACCACAAAAACGUCCUCAAAGAAGAUUUUUCCGUCCGCGCCGCCAAAAAGCAAAACGCUGCUAGUGGGUGGCAAAAAAGUCAUGGCGUGGCCAGACCGUGCAGCGGGAGAGGAAGAAACAUUGUGCGAAGAUGAAGACGUAUGUGGAGAAGAAGAUGCAUCAAGUUUUGUCCAUAACGGUGCAGUAGAAGAUGAUGAAAACAUUGAUGCGCCAACGCUCUCGAGAGUCGUCAAAGCUGCAUGA